AUGAGCAGUGCAAAAGUUGCAAUCAGGAAAAGUGUAAAGUCACUGCUAGCUACAAUUCCAGCGAAUGAUAUACAGGCCCAAUCAAUUAAAAUCACUAAAGAAUUAUCAGAAUUUUUAAAACCUUAUAAAAACAUUGCUUGUUACAUGAGUAUGGAUCAAGGUGAAGUUGAUACAAAAUACAUCUUACAAGAACUAUUUAAAGAAAAUAAGGAAGUGUUUUUACCUAGAUGCACAACUACAAAAGAAACAGGACACCAAAUAUUAAGAGACAAUAAUAGUCAUCAUCCUCACCUCACCUUCCAUAGAAUGGAAAGUUGGGAACAGAUCAAGAAUUUAAAGCCACAAGGAAAAUACCAAUUGAGGGAACCGGAAGUUGAAGAAAUUGCACCAUUCCCACCAAAACUUGAUGUUAUAUUGGUUCCUGGUGUUGCAUUUAAUCUAAAGAAUGGUGCUAGAAUGGGUCAUGGUGCUGGUUACUAUGAUGAUUUCUUCCAUAGAUAUAAAAUUCAUCACCAUAAAAAAGAUCACACUGUAAAACCGAUCUUGAUUGGUUUAUCAUUGAAGCAGCAAAUUAUAGAUAUCCUACCAAUAGAAAAGCAUGAUUAUUUAAUGGAUGGCAUUGUUACAGGUGACGGUGUCUUUCACUGGAUUAACUAA